AUGGAGCCACAAAUCUAUCGAAUCCGCCCCGAAUCCACUUUCAGCGCCGAAUAUCCUUUAUCAGAAUGUGAUCGUCAGAUUCCGGCACGAUUCAUUCGCAAAGCAUUCAUCUAUGCUAUGGACGAAAAUAUCUCGUCCACAUCUAAAGACGGCAAAAAUCUUAUACGAAGACUCCAAGAAAGCUUAAAACUGCAAAUCCAAGAACUCAAUCCGGAAACCUUUACUUAUCCACAGCUGCUGGGCCGUGUUAUUAAGCCCGCCGAUGGGAGACCUUCAUAUAUAAGGGUAGAAGAAUCUUCUGCUAUCCAAUUGAAAGUCAUAAAUAGGCCAGAUAUUGAGUUUGGAAAUCUUCACCGCAACGGAAAGUUCCCUUUGGAAACUAUUACCACUGGGGUGUUCGGAGUAGGACUUGAGAAAGAAGACUUAAUGAAUUGGCCAGAUGGACCACCAAAUCUGGCCAUUCAACUAACUUUUGUUUAUGGCGGCUUCGUCCUUUUGCUCGCAUUUGAUCAUCGAAUUUGCGAUGCCUAUGGGGCCAGUGGAUUUGUUAAACGUUGGUUUCGUCAGGCUAGGCUUGGAGCAGUUGCCGAUUUUGAGCAUGAAAAUGGAUUGAUACCUACAUUUGCUAUUCAUGAUAAGACCGUGCUUAGCCGAACAGAACUGGAAGGGAGUGAGCAUGCUGCCCAAAAGUUAAGAGCACUAUACGAUAAUUCUCAGCCAUCAAACCGGUCACCAAACAAAUGGAUUCAAACAUCAUCAGAAGCAGUAUCAAAAGUUUUCUGGAUCCCAGCACAUAAAAUUAAAGAAUUAAGGUCUGCCGUAGGGGAAACCUCCUCCCUGACCCCAACCAUUUAUGAGUCAAUUCUCAUCCUGCUGUGGCGCAGCAUUAUUCGCAUCCGAAUUACGCCGGAAACUGAAUUAGCAUCUACAAUGAGCAAAGCGGCGAUAAUCAUGUGUAUGCGCAAACGUUUGGAGCCUCCACUCCCAACGGACUAUUUUGGGAAUGCCGUCGCGGGAAUAUUCGCUAUGCAGCCGCUUUCAAAUUUCAAAGAAGAAGAUUUUAUUUCGAGAGCAAUUGAAGAAGUACAGGAAGCAAAGAGACUCGAUGGGACGGGUCUCAAUUUGCAGGUGGCCAGCUUAUUAGUGGGAGAGCAACUGCAAAAGUUUGGUAUUGGUCCACCUAUGAAUCUUCUCGGGUAUGAUGUCAUAUUUAAUUCUUGGGAGCAUCUUUACCUGAGCACUGAAGAUUUGGACUUGGGUAUUGGUCAAUUCUGCACCAUGCGGUUUUUGAUGGACAGCCCAGUGAGCCCUUCUUAUAUAUGUACCCUCCCAACCUAUGGAAGGAGAUCAAUGGAUUUAAAGGAUAGCUCCUCUUGUCAGUAUCCUGGAGGUUUAGAAUUACAGAUUAACCUUCUGGAGAAUGAGAUGGCUCUGCUGCAAAAAGACGAGAAGUGGUUGAAAUACGCCACCGUUGUUUGA